AUGAUUUCUCUGCCAAUUGGAUUAAAUACAGCUUUCUUUAUCGCCUGUGGUCCAGGGACAUUAGCCUUUAAUGCAGCAAUGAAUGCUACAUCUAGUCAAACACAAAGCAUAUCUCCGGGCUCAUCCACUUUACAAACAUUUGGAAAGAAAUAUGACGUUAACAGCGUGGCCAAGGAAUCUCUGAUGAGGGAUGCCAAUGUCUCAGACUCCUCCAUUCUUGGAUAUCCAAGAGCUCCUGCAUUUGGUGUUCCAAAAAGUGCAGCACCUUUGCUCAAGAGCUCUGGUUUUGUAAAGUCCGCAUUUGGUAUUAAUCAGAAAGGAAGCAGAACAGCAUCAUACAUUGCAACUCCAGAUAUAGAUUGCACAAUACCUGAUGGUGCAAAAAUUCAAUCCAUUUGUGGAAUGCAGACUUAUAAAGAUAAAAGCCAGGAGGAGUUGAGGUUUGAGGACUACCAGUUAGGUCAGAAAUGUGGUUCUUCAUGUGGUAUUUCCGGUACACAGGGAUUUGGUAUCAUCAACAACACACGGCCUUUCAUAUCACCAGUAUUUAACCAAGCAACUGUUGAUCAACUUUUUUAUUCCCUUUUUCCAAGUACAUUUGUAGUGGAAAGAGCAGAGGUUGACUCUCUAUCAGAUGAAAUUUCUACAGCAACUGCAUCUACCCCAUUUCCGAAGUCACAGUCCAUUUCCCAUAUAUUUCCCCCCAAUACAUCAUUGUUAAACUCUUGUGGCACUGGAAGUAGAGUGGAAUCUACUGCCUCAGAUGUUUCUUUUUCUCUGUGGAUCCAUUCAAGGCCGUUUGCACCUUUAAAUCCAUCUUCCAAUUCUUCCACUACCUCCACCUUUUCUCCAUUAAGGAAUCCAUGGUCUUUAUCAACAUCUGUCCCUCUAUCUCCAUGUUCAGUCUCACCUUCCACAUAUCCUUUGUUAGCAAAAUCAUCUGCCCAUGUUUUUGGUCAAAAGAACUCUUUUUCUCCCACUCCUGUUUUAACUACAGGAGGCGCUCCACAAUCCACAUUAUGCUUGAAUUGCCUAAAGCUGUCUCAGCCUACUCCACCAGGACUUUGUAAUGUUUCAAGCACUCCACUUGCUGUGAGUCAAAAUACUCCUCUGUUCUUUGGUCCUCUGCAGCCAGAAAUGACUCCUAAAGUUGGAGCAAUACUUCCAACAACCAACGCUUCUCACCCAUCAACAAGUACUUAAUGCAGUCUUACUUUCCGAGAAUCAUGGAAGUGAAUGCGUCACCAAUUAUGCCUCCUGCUGAAAUACAACCUUCAGUCCAAAUCUCGGUUGAGCACCUGAAUUUGGCAACAUCCAUCCAGCUGGAUGUGUUCAAUGGUCCCAAACCAAGUUUCUAACAACCCUGCUCCGGUCAGACGAAGAUCUGCAUUGAUAAUUCGGAAUUCAUCUCUAAGUCAGCAUAGGUUGCCACCUCAGAAAUACAAACCUACAAGUGAUAAACCAAAGAAGUCAUCAUCAUUCCAAGGGAAAAUCCAAGGGACUGGGUUCGUCCUACCUCAGAAUUUCCAUUGGGGGCUGAUUCAUCUAUGAACAGGAUGCAUGACAGAGACAAAGCUGGUGAUAAGCCCAAGUUAGAGGCUGAAGAGAUGCAUCCUGUUAAUUGUGAUGAUAAGCCCAACUGAUAUAUUUUUACAAUUUGCUCACUUUGAGUCUAUCCCAUUUACUUCUUUUGUGCUUAUUCUGUCUCAGUAGUAGUGUUCCACCUUCUCCUCGUCCAUGAACAUGAUAAAUAUUAGGGUGGGAACCAUUAAACUUUCAAAUAAUUUUAUAAAGAUGUGUU